AAGCUGCUCUGCAAGGAUCCUGACGGUGAUGCAAGAGGGUGGAGCCUGAAGAAGGACUCCCCCCUCCCCUCCCAAAAAAAGAAAUCCCACCUAAGCGAGGGCUACCCCAGCACCUACCCAACCAGAGGUCCAGGCAUUGGUCAGGAGGGGGUCUCUUCUCCUGGGUGGGCCUUCCACCAGUACAACCCCAAUCAAGAUCACACUGGCUUCAGGGGCUUUCAGUAUGAUCCAAGGCUACAGUCCUGUGUUCCAAGCCUUGCUGGGGACCUUCUUCACCUGGGGUCUGACAGCAGCUGGAGCAGCCCUGGUUUUCAUCUUCACCCGUGGACAGAGACGGAUCUUAGAUGGAAGCCUUGGAUUUGCUGCGGGGGUCAUGCUAGCUGCUUCCUAUUGGUCGCUUCUGGCCCCUGCAAUUGAGAUGGCAGAAUCCUCAGGAAAUUUUGGUGCCUUUGCUUUCUUCCCUGUGGCAGUUGGCUUCACCUUUGGAGCAUCUUUUGUCUACCUGGCUGAUCUUCUGAUGCCUUACUUGGGUAUGGCUGAGGACUCCCAAAUGUCCCUAAUGCUGAGCUUUGAUUACAAAUCAACGAAGGAGAAAGCCAACGCUGAAUUCCCCCUGCCUUUCCAUGAGAAUGAGCUUUCUAUCCGGAUAGGAAGAACUGGACUUCAUUCAGACAAGAGUGAGAAUGGAGAAGCUUACCCUAGGAAGAAAGUGACCACUACCGGCAUGUCUGAUGACUCUGCAUCCUCCCGGCCUCCCAGAGAGAACAGAGGAAAGCAGGGCAGCAAUAGCUGGAGACGAAUCCUGCUGCUCAUUUUAGCCAUAACAGUCCAUAACAUUCCAGAGGGUCUUGCUGUUGGAGUUGGAUUUGGGGCUGUUGGAAAGACUGCAUCUGCCACCUUUGAAAGUGCCCGGAAUCUAGCUGUUGGAAUUGGGAUCCAGAAUUUCCCUGAGGGCCUGGCUGUCAGCCUUCCACUUCGUGGUGCUGGAUUCUCAACCUGGAGAGCCUUCUGGUUCGGCCAGUUGAGUGGCAUGGUGGAGCCAGUGGCUGGGAUCUUUGGUGCUUUCUCUGUGGUCCUAGCUGAGCCCAUCCUUCCUUAUGCUUUGGCCUUUGCAGCUGGUGCCAUGGUCUAUGUAGUCGUUGAUGACAUCAUUCCUGAAGCCCAGACCAGUGGUAAUGGGAAACUAGCAUCCUGGACCUCCAUCCUGGGAUUUGUGGUGAUGAUGUCACUGGAUGUUGGCUUGGGCUAAUGCCAAGGAAUCUUCAGCUUUAAACAUGACAGAACAAGGAAGGAGGUGGCAGUUGACUUCAGUGGAACCAGGAACAUAAUUCUCCAGAAGUGGAUUUUUAUUUUUACUUUUUUAAUUUGGGUUUUAAAUCUUGUUCUCCUUCCCUUCUCUGAUUCAUCUUAGCAUCCCAUAUAGCCAGUCAUUAAUCUGAUUGCUUCUUAAUUACAACAUGAUUCUUGUUAUUUUUAUUUUGAGGGGAAUGUUGAUGUUGUUGGAAUUGUAAGAUGGCUUGGAAUUCUGGAUUUUUGUUCAGCUACUAAGCAGAUUCUUCGCUCAGUGGGGUUGGCGGUGAGUGACAUAUCAGAAAGGCUACCAUCAGGAGAUCGGUCUUGUGUAAGAUUUCUCUUUGCCUAAGGUUCUGCUCACAUUUGUUGGACAUGAUCUCAUCCCUAUCCCCUCGGACUUGUACCUCUAGCGUGGAUGGGACUCCCGAAGGUAACCUCAGAAAUGGGAUACCCUGUGAACCAAGAGGUGAGCUUCUGAGCACCCUACCCCCUCCCAUACACACACACAUACUAAGGACUCAAAAGAGGGAUGCCAGGUAGCCUUUUGUCUCUUCCUUCUACAUCUUCACCGUCUUUGAUCCUGGGGCCUUGAAGAGCUUUUAUGCCACCUACCAAUACUGAAUUCAACCAGGAGCAGAACUGGAAUGUCACUUAGACAACAUGGCCUACUUGCUAAGGCCAAAACAAGAAGUUUUCUACCUUGGUACAUACCCUUCCCCACCUUUUCUAAGGGAGGUGGGAUCAGGGAGAGGGAUAAAGCCAAGGGAAAAUAGACUGGGUAUUCUGUUUUUUUAAAAAGCAAGAGGAGCUAUUGAAGUUAAAGAAAACAGAUCAAACUGUAAUCAUUUGGGGUCUGCAAUGGAAAGGGCAGUACAGUAGCUUGCCUGGUUUUCAACUUCUGCAGUACCUGUUAGUCUAAUCAAAGAGAGUUGUGGUCUCAAUAGCUUAUUUAUCUAUCCAUGCUGUUUGCCGAUUCCCUGAGCCAUCCCCACAUAACCCCCAAUUUUCGAAGCUUACUUAGACCAUUUCCAUUAAUGAGGACAAGGAGACACUGGAAACCUAUUAUAACACAAAUUCUUUAUUUGACCAAUAUAAGGGGGCCUCUGGAGCCAGCUAUGGAAGACCUUUUGGAAUUUUGUCCUGUACUUCCUCCCCAGUUCCUUCCACGCACACAUAUUAGAUCAGCCCCAGGAGGUAAUUUUGUACCCUGACCCUACAGCCACUACACUGAAUAAGCCAGCUUUGAUGAGGGUUGUUACAGAAGGAAGAGUUUUGGGGUUUUUUGUUUUGUUUUCAAGUUUCCAAAAACACAAUUAGACAGACUGUGCUCUUGAAAUAUCUCCAACCUGCAGAAUGACUUGUUAUAACAGGUCAGAAACCAGUCUUGUCCGUCACAGGUAAAGGUUUUCAGACAAAGAGUGAUGGGGCUUGUCUGAUUCACCCACAGCCAGAGGGUGGUAAGGUGAAGAAGGUUUGAGAAAUGACCCAGACUACUCUCUCAAGGACCUGUGGUUGUCUUUAGCCAAAGGAAUGGGUUCCAUAGAUGACUUUGGAUAGGCUCAGCUGAGAUUCAGAUCAUCAGCUGGGUGCCCGGGCAUCAUAUUGGCAGCUCCCACUUUGUAAGUUUACAUGUGUAAUGUUGACAGUUUCUGAAUGUUCUCUCCACACCCCCACCACCGCCAACCUCACACCAUGCCCCUUGACCCCCAAACCCAAGAAGACUGCCUUGCUUUGUAAAAAUGCAAGACUUCUGAGGCUGGCCCUCAACCUGGGCCCAUUUCUGUGCUCCCAAACUGAAGGCCUGUUGGAGAGGGGAAGGGGGUGUUGGGUCAAGAUUAAUUUGUUUGGUGGAUGGUGUUUUGUUUUUGUUUUUGUUUUGUUUUUUACUUUGUGUAUAGUUCUGCAAAAUGCUGUUUCCAAUGGACAUGACCUUGUAACUGUGAUUAAUUUCAAUAAAGGGGGUAUUAAGAGUUGGAACAGAU